AUGACAAAAUCCACAAAAAUCAUCUCCUUUCUCAUCACCCUCUUCAUAAUAACAUCAUUUUGUUCAACCCCAUCAAAAGUUCUUGGAAGAAAAGUUGGGGGAAGAAGUCCAAUCAAGGAUGUGAAAACAAACAAAAAAAUUCAAGAAUUGGGUAAGUAUUGUGUGGAAGAGUACAACCAGAGUUUAAGGAAGUACAAUCACAUAAUGCAGAAGGACAAUGUUGAGUUUUUGAUAUUUGCUGAGGUUGUUGAGGCAGAAACACAAGUUGUUUCUGGGAUCAAAUAUUACCUUAAAAUGUCUGCAUUUACCUCGGGAACUCCGAAAAUAUUUGAUGCUGAAUUGGUGAUAAAAUCCUGGGAGAAAAAGAAGGAAUUAGUUCACUUUUCACCUUUUCCUACUAAUGAUGAUAAUUAG